GCGCGACGUCAGUAUAUCAAUAUACUGCUGAACAAACGGGUCGUGCAGUCGACAUAGACUUUCUGUCUUUAUGAUUUUGGUGUUUUUGUCUAAAUAUUCAAAUGUUUAUUGCAAUCGAUCUGUCUAUGCACUAUAACCUCGUGGAAAAAUAAUAAUAAUACAACUUUCACGGGUGCAGAUAGUAAAAUCGAAAAGCUAAAGGAAAUUAAGUGUUAUUUUGGAAAAUCGAGUGUAAAAUUGAACAUGGAAUCGAUUUUUCAUUAAAUUAUCUUUAAUCGAAUCUUUCGCUUCAUCUCAAAUGUUUUCGUUCGUCUAUUUAUAAUACUGGAGUGAUGAGCAAUCAUUUAAAAUAAACAUUUCAAUGAAGUUCAGCAUCGUUCGGAUUUUUCUGAAUUUUUAUUGGAAACUUAACUGGAUGCAAAUUUAGAGCAAUUUUUGUUUGAUUUUUUUGAAAGUAUUAAACCUUUUCACAUCGUGCACAUAUAUGAUGCACAUUGAAAACCAAGGUUAGAGGAAAGCUACACUAAUUACCCAGCAAUUGCUUGCAGCUCAUGCAAACUACCGGAACUGGUUGCAAAGAGAAAAAGAAAAUUUCCAUUAAACCAACCAAAUAAAAAUUGUUAAAAACGCGAUCUACAAUGUUGAAUGUACUGGACGUAGACCAUUUUGCCAUAAGUGCCAUAGUAACGGUCUUUAUGCAAAUCAUAUUUUUCAUAAUUGCUGCAACCUUUAAACUAGACAAAUUAACCGAUUUCGCUGGUGGAGCUAAUUUUAUAAUUGUGGCUCUACUCACAUUUUUCUUAGGACAAAUUAAUCGCACCGUUAAGGCUUACGAUACUCGUCAAUUACUCAUUACAUUUCUGGUAUGCCUGUGGGGUGCUCGUCUCUCUGCCUAUUUACUAUACCGUAUCGUGAAAAUUGGUAGAGACAAACAAUUUGAAGACAACAAACGAAAUGUGAUCAGAUUUGCAGUUUUUUGGACAUUCCAGGCUGUUUGGGUAUUUAUUGUGUCGCUACCAGUUAUUAUAACCAAUUCACCUCGCAACUCCAUAAGCCGUGGUGCACCGAAAACAUGGACCACUCUCGAUUCGACCGGACUGGGAAUGUUCCUCGUUGGAUUACUGUGCGAAACAUAUGCCGAUCUGCAAAAGUUUUCAUUUCGGCAAGAUCCCAACAAUCAGGGAAAAUUCUGUAACGAUGGUUUGUGGAGUGUGUCUAGACAUCCUAAUUACUUCGGAGAAAUUGUCAUUUGGUGGGGAAUAUUUGUGAUUUCAUUGAAUGUGAUCGACGGCAUCGAAUGGGUUGCUAUUAUGUCACCGAUAUUCACAUCACUGAUUAUACUAUUCCUAUCUGGUAUCCCGUUGCGUGAACGAGCAUCCGACGAAAAAUAUCAACAUAACAUUAAUUAUCGAAAAUAUAAAUCGUCAACAUCACCACUGAUCCCGAUACCCCCAGCUAUUUACAUGGAAGUACCUCGUGCAUUGAAAUUCAUUUUGUGCUGUGAAUUUCCGUUGUACGACACCUUUGAUUUGCAGCAGGAAAAUGUCAGUCCAUACACCAUGUCAAUGGCACAUUCUCAUUCCCACAUGAAUACAUAACAAUCAGCCAUGGCUGGACCCAGCAAUUCAGGUAAAAUGGGAUAUGCUACAACUCCGCACGACGACGAAGUCAUUCGAAAGGAGAUUGGUGUUGGCCUAAUAGGUGGAGGUAGUGGGACAGUAACGACGAUAUUGUGAUCUGAUUCAAUAAACAAGUCUACUAAGUCUGCCAUGUACACAGUUGCAAAAAUAACAAAAAUAUUUGUCAAUCCAAUCAUUUCAAUUUAGCAAUAAGUUCAAUUUAGAUGGUUUAAUUGAUAAAAAAAAUCUCCGAAACGAAUAACGAUUUCAUUUUAACGGUUUUUUCCUGAAUUUUGUUUCAGAGAAGUUUCUCUUAAUUGGACCAUGUCGAGGAAUUUCGUGGAUUUUCGAAAAUUUUCCUCAAAAAUAUAAUGACACCUUCUCGAAAGCUUUUCUUGUUGUGUAACUUGUAAUUCGGACAUUCAAAACGACACUAAAUAAUUUCGGACUGUGUUUACCUCUCAAAAUUAUGUAAAUAAUUCACAAAUUUCAAAAGUUAGUGAUCGACCGGUUAUUUUCAAGACAAUAUGGGAAAACUGAUGAAGUAACAGUAUUUUGCAUAACAAGGAACACGAGGGUUGCCUUUUAUAUUUCUGGCCUAGAGCACUUCUAGCGUUAUCUUAUGCUAGGUACUGUGCAAGCAGACAACGUAGGACCUUUGUAGGGCAAACUACCACAAUGACAACAAAAAAGUGUCUUUCGUCUAGUCACAGGAGCCCUUCUCCCAUAGGCCCUCGCAAAUUUUCUUACGAACCAAGGGAGACUACGUCAAUACCACUCCAAACACCAACAUUCGAAGAUCUACCACGAUCCAUGUCCCAAUGGUGGCAAUAUGAAAAUUUGAACCGAGGUUCCCAUAGAAGAGGACGUAUGAUAUUAGGGCUUUUGUGAUUAGACCAAAUAAAAUUUUAUUGUUCUCUUUGGGAUAGUUUCUCUUAGAAAGGUCCAAAGUUAUCUGCCAGUAAAGUCGCUAGCAUCAAAAAGCACUAAAAAACCCGAUGCUACACAUUUUUCCCAAAAUUUCCAAUCAAGUGAAGACCUCUGUCAGAAGGGCUCCUGUGACUAGACCGAAGAACAUCUCAUGGCUCUCAUAAAUGCAGUUCUUCCUGAAAAGAUCCAAAGUUAUCUGCAAUCAUAUGAAAACACUAGAAGUGCCAUAGGCCAGAAAUAUAAAAGGCAACCCUCGUAUAAAGAUAAAAAGUAGAGUGUUUGUCUGAAUUUUGAUCCGAGGCGUAGUCGAGGUCAAUAAACACACGAAAACAAGACUUUUCAUUUUCAUCCCGAGUUAUGUAAUGGAUUUUAUUAUUCAUACUGUUUUGCCCACGUAAAAAUUCCAAUUUCGUAUUUAAGUUGUUACUGUCGUUCCUCUCCGUUUUUCUGAGUUCUCCCAUUUCGUAGAGUAUUUCAAAUUGCAAGUGAUAGAAAUCAGAGAAACCAAGAACGAAAGUGGAAUUUUUUACGUGUGCAAAACAGUAAGAUAGGUUAACAGUUAUAGUGACCUAAGCGUCUGAUUGUUGUACUAUUCAUUACCGAAUAAAGUGUCACUAGUCCACAGAAUUUCAUCGACAAGACCACCUGGAAGUAAAUUAAUGUUAAGUUCCUAUUUACUUUAAGCGUAUACCAAUUUAGUUGAACAUUUUGCUCAAAUAAAAUGUAUGUUUCAGUAUUAUGAUUAUGGGAUAGGAAAACGUUCAUCGUAAGGUUGCGAUUUUCGAAUUAUGUGGUAAUUGAAAAUCAAACUGUCUUUUCUUUUGAAUAGCUUUUUUUAAGCCAUUGUAUUUUAAAGUUAAAGCCAAUUUGAUUUUUCCAUAAAAAGACUUCAUCGAAGCUCUUGAAAAAAUACUUUGUUAGUGAUAGUAUUAUACUUCGCGGUAUUCUUGUCAUAUAAAUCUCACAGGUCGCGUUCAAAAUUCUUUACUUUUUAGUGAAAAAAAUACAAUUACGUCUAUAGCUCAAAAGAUUGCCAUUUAUCAUCCAUAUUUAAGGGUUUAACGGAGAAAAUAAUUUAAUUAUAGAAAGCUCAAAAAUGUCUUUCCAAAAUUGACGUGGCUGAGGUAAUGAGCUUGUUAUAAGAAGAUCAAAAUUUCUCAACUUAUAAUUUCACGCAACCACUAUUGCUAUUCGGCAAAGUGAUGUUUGUUGGAUGUUACCACAUCACCCCUCUCCGUAUACUUUUGCCAAUUCUAUAGUUUUUCAUUGCGUGGACACAUUCCGAUUUGCUCAUUGAACAAAUAGUGAAUGCAGAACUAAAAGAUAUAAUACAUUGGAAUGAAAUAAAACUUCAAAAUCAUUUAAAUUAAACAUCCAAAUCAGAAUUAAGUCCGAGUUUAAGUCACUUCUCUUCGUUGUAUUGUGCUUUGCUAACUUGUUGGAAAUAAGAAUUGUAGGGAUUUCGAUGCAAUUCACAAUUCUAAUCCUCAUUCGUUGAUUAUUCUCUGUUGUAACACAUUAAACCAAUUACAUAUCCGAACAAAAUACUAACAAUGAAUACCUUUUAAAAACGGCUAGUCAUCUGUAAUAAAACAACGGCAACAAAAAUAAGCAAUAAGCUCUGGUUUGUGUUCAAUUUUAUAACAAAAUGUAUGUCAGAAACUAAUGAAGUCUUUAACAUAUAUAUCA